AUCCAUUAGUUUGUUUUUGAUAAAGUUAUAAGAUGGCAUCAAAUGGUGAAAAUAUGGACGGAGGAAUGACUUUUAAAUGGACCGAAAAUGACCAUGAAAAGAUUUUUUCUGAGCUUUGUAUCAAGUUCAUUAGGAAGAACGGCCGUGUAUCAUUUAGAUGGAAGGAGAUUAACCAAGAGUUUGAAUCUAUCAUUAAGCGGAAAUGUGUGGACAAAACUUUGAAGAAUAAGUAUGAUUAUAUGAAGAAGGAUUGGCGAUUGUGGAAAUUUUUGAAGUUUGGAGAAACUGGCUUAGGAUGGGAUCCUCUUACAGGAAAGCUUAGUUGUUCAGAUGAGUGGUGGGAUAGAAAGAUUAAGGAGAAACCCGAGGCUAAAAAGUUUCGUAAUAAGUCAAUAGAUCCUUCACUUGAGGAAUUAUGGAAUCAACUAUUUGAAGACAGUUAUGCAGAUGGGACAGAGAAUGUGGCACCCUCUAUGGAUCCUAAUUCUGUUCGACCUGUGAAACAUUUGAUUGUGAAUGUUGAGGAUGAAGAUGAUGAAAGUUGUGGAGAAGAUAUGAAUCAUUAUGAGAGUGGAGAGGAUGUUUAUGCUGAAUAUAAUUGUUAUGAUCCUCGUAUCAAGGACUUAUUAAAUAAUGAUAGUGCAUUUUGGCCUGAUUUUAUGGAAGGGAGUAGCGGCAGCCAAGUGCCUACCCAAGGUGUUAGAGCUACCCAAGUAUCUAGUCAAGGUGAUGAAGCUACCAAGUACCUGCCAGACGUGUUGAAGUUAACCAAGUACCUAGCCAAGGAAAUGGUACAAAAAAAACUGCAUUUACUCUAAAGGUGGCUAAGAAAAUCGUCAAGGAAAAGCGGAAAGGAAGACAAUCAGGAGGGGCAGCAAAAUUAAGCAGUCAAAUCGAUGCCUUAGUAUCAAACACUAGCACUGCAGUGGAGAUAUUGAAUUCUGAUGACAGUUUGGGUAAACAUCAUAACGCUAACUCAACUGUUGCAGCUGCAAUCACAGUUAUUAAUAGGAUGUUUGCUGAAAACAAUCUGGAAAAAGGGAGUGCUUUGUGGUGUUUUGCACUUACUCUGAUUGAGAAUGAAGUGAGACGGGACAUUUUUAUGAACAUUGAGGAUGAUGAUGGAAGGAAAUCUUGGUUGAUGUAUAUGCAAGCUAAUUAGAAGUGAUAUUUUUUUCACUGUAUUGUUUCAAUUAGUGU